AUGGCUUCGGGCUCAGCGAUGCCCUGCCAGAACCAGCGCCUCGGCCCGCGGCCGCAGGAUGAGCCGCCGGCGGCCGCCACGGCCACGGCGAGCGGAGGAUCCCGGCUGAUCCGCUUCGCUGAGCCCAGCGAGGACAGCGGCUGCCCCAGCCCGGACAGCAGCAGCAGCAGCAGCAACGGGGUGGUGGCGGCGCCGGUCCCCGCGGGGGAGGGCGGCGCGCCGGCCAUCGGGCCGCAGCUGAAGCUGCUGCCCAUGAACGACCAGCUGCGGGAGCUGCAGACUAUCAUCAGGGACAAGAAAUCCAGUAGAGGAGACUUCGUGUUUUCUGCUGAUCGUCUGAUCAGACUCGUGGUUGAAGAGGGACUGAAUCAACUGCCCUACACAGAAUGUACUGUGACCACUCCAACAGGACACAAGUACGAAGGAGUCCGAUUUGAGAAGGGAAACUGCGGGGUCAGCAUCAUGAGAAGUGGUAGGUGGUGCUGGCUGCUGAAGGACACACGUGCCAAAUCCAUCAUCCAGGAAUUCCCAGACAUCACCAUUUUAACUACAGAAGUGCAUCCUGUUGCACCAACACACUUUGGACAGAAGUAUUUUGGGACAGACUGACAGUCUUGGAACAACUGGAUAUGACUCUAUGGCAUUACAAGAGGUUUUUUUACAUUUUAUUACUAUUGAGUUGGUCGAGGGCAUGUUUAAAAACCUUUUUGGCCAACUAACUUAGGUUAGUGCUGGCCUGAACAGGGAUCAGGUACAGUGACAAAGCACUCUGGUUACAUGGUCAAGCAUCUCCAUGUUGGGGCUCUAUAACUGCCACACUCUGCUUUUAUUCCUAUUUAUUCUUCUCCAGCCUGUCCGUGGCCGCCUGCAAGAGCAAAAUAAACCCAACUAAACCCCAA